CACUACCCCGCCGCCACUCCCCACCCCCAUCCCCCGCCGCCAGCGGCCGCACCAGCAUGGAGGAUCUCAUGCAGAUGCUGCUCGGCGGCGAGGAGUUCCAGAAAAUGGAGGACACGCCGCAGAUGGUCACGCAGCAUGUCUGCUCCGCCCUCCCCGAGCCGCCCGUCGCCGCCGCUGCUCCCCUCUACCACGCCGGCUUGGAGUUGAGCCCCAACGGAGUAGACCGCAUCAGCGCCCUCCCCGCCUCGCUCCUCCGCAACAUCGUCUCCCGGCUCCCCGUCAAGGACGCCGCGCGCACCACCGUGCUCUCCCGAGUCUGGAGCCGCGCUUGGCGCUCGGCAAGCCCCGUGCCGCUCGUCCUCGUCGACGCUCACCUCCUUCCCUGCGGCGACCUCACCGUCCCGGUGUCCCGCGCCCUCGCCGCGCAUCCAGGUCCCUUCCGCGGCAUCUACCUCACGGGUACUCCCUUGGACGCACACCGGGCCGAGGUGUCGCGGUGGCUCCGCCUCUUCGCCGCCAAGGGCGUCGAAGAACUCACUCUCUUCAACCGCGCCCAGACGAUGGCGGCCAAUCCGCCGCUCCCCGACACCCUCUUCAACUGCAGCUCUCUCACCCGUCUCUACCUAGGCUUCUGGAGGUUCCCGGACACCGCAGCCCUUCCCGACACCCACACUGCUUGCUUCCCCUACCUCCUGGAGCUGGGCCUGUGUGCUCUCCUCAUGGAGCAACGGGACAUCGCUUUCCUCAUUGAGAAGUGCCCCGUUCUCGAGAAGCUUGUGAUCGUUGGAAGCAGACAUCCUGUGUACCUCCGCAUCGAGAGUCGCAGCCUUAUCUGUGUUCAAGUCUGUUCGGCCGUCGUGCCUGAGAUCGUCAUCUCAGAUGCCGUGAGCCUGAAGAGGCUCUUGCUUUGGGAAGCUUGGGGGCCUGGUUGUCUCGCCAACAUGCGCUGCAGGAUAAAGAUUGGUCAUUCUCCUAACCUCCAGUCUCUGGGGUUCUUGGUGCCAGGGAUGCACGAAUUACAGAUUGGUGACACCUUAAUCGAGGUUGGUGGUGAGGCAACUGUCCCGAGCCUGCAGAUUCUCGCUGUUCAGGUGCGACUUGGAGCAAGCCGCGAAGCUAAGAAGCUGCCCGUGCUGUUGCGAUGUUUUCCUAAUAUCGAUACAUUGAUUGUCCAGUGUGAGAAGAAUGUAAAAGAUCAUUUCAGGGGAGCUUCUCCAAAGCUUCAUCAGCAGUUCUGGAGAACAACAAAUGCAAUGAAAUGCGUGAAGGUGAGUCUGAAGGAACUGGUGCUGCACGGCUUCCAAGGGACGGUCAUGGAGAUGGAGUUUCUCAAGUUCAUCGCCCGUCAUGGAAAUGUUCUGAAUUCGAUUGUGGUUUUCACGAGCCACCCUUUCAAACCUGCCAUGAUCAAACAACUCGAGAGUAUUCCUUUCGCUAGUGACUCUUGUAGUGGGGUGUUACUGGUUGCUCAGUUUGAGGAGGGUACUCCAUGGUGCUACAAGAGAGGGUUUGCACUUUCUAUCAGGAAUCCUUUUGAUGUCACAUACUGUCUGUCUGGGCCUUGCGGUACUUAGGGUAUUAGCGGUUGCACUUUCGAACCGGGAUCCUUUUGAUGUCACAAACUGUCUGUAUGGGCCUUGUGGUGCUUAGGGUUUUGCUAAAUACAAAUAACAUUUGGUGAGUUUAUGCUGAUUACAUUUCUUGUGCCUGGGCGCUGUUUGCGUGGCACAUCGUUGUUCUUA